CGCACUUGAUGUGACGACCAUCGAACGCAACGUGAGCGUGCGACUGUGCAUGCCGCGGGAAUUUUAUGCAGUUAGAACUUCGUGCCAUCGGUGGUAAUGCUGUGGUUGACAAGAUAAAUGCAGAGGUCUAAAUAUUUAUCUUUUGUUAAGUAGCGAAAUGGCUGACUGUUCAGAAACUGUUGUUUUUCGAAGAGAUGACGCCGGAAGUGCUGGACCUGUGUCUUUUUCAGAAGACGACUCUGCACUUGUGAAGGCAUAUGAUAACGCUGUCCGGUCUUUUCGGGUCCAAACAUCUGGAGAGGACAGCGGUGAUGGGAAGCAGGGUGACCCUGCUGCUGGCUCCCUGCUACAGGCAGACACGCCCCACAAACAAGCGUCUGUCUCCAAGGGGUGGGCGGUGGGGUCUCGGUGCCGCGCGGUGUGGUCAGAGGAUGGGCUGGAGUAUCCAGGGGUCAUCAUUUCAAUGGAUGGGGAGCAAUGCCGUGUGCAGUUUGAAGGCUACGGUAACGAGGAGGAUGUUGACUUGAGCGCCUUACUGGCCGCAAUACCAGAACAGCCAUGGAGACAGAGACGGUGGUCCCUGGGCUCCCACUGUCGGGCGGUGUGGUCGGAGGACGGCCUGGUGUAUCCCGGCGUGGUCGUGUGGAUGAAAGGGGAACGCUGCCGCGUUCGAUUUGAUGUCUAUAAUAACGAAGAGGACAUGGAGCUCAGUGCCUUACUUCCGCCUGAGGACACGGAAGACGAAACAGACACUCAGGACCAGGAGGAGACCCCAGGCGACGGCAGCAGUGGCAGCAGCAGCUCUGAUUGGAGGAGAAAGGACGGCCACGCUAAAAGACCAAAGAGCCCGGAGAAGUCCAGACACGGGCACUCGGCUGGGAAGCAUCAUGGCGAAGAGGCCGGGAGGAAGCCCCACCGCAGAGGAGAGUCCGCACCGUUCCCCCCCUUUCCCUUCAUGCCACCGGGCAUGCCACCCAUGGGCAUGCCACCCAUGGGCAUGCCGGAUCUCCCGAUGUUUCCCCCUCCUCCGCCUCCGGCCUUCACCUGGGCGGCAGGUAAGGCAGGUGCGAUGGGCGGUGACGAGCCGGAGGACGAGAUGGCCUCCCUGUCCAGCAUGCUGCUCUCCUGGUACCUGUGUGGCUACCACACCGGCUACUACAUGGGUGUACAGCAGGCCACCAUGGGCCCAGACAUGGACGCCAAGAAGAAGAAGAGAGUGAAUGGAUUGGAGUGUGCACUGAAGAUGGAAGAGUGACCUCUGAACUUGGUUCAUCAUGUCUCCAUGACGACAGGGGUACAAAACACCAUCUCCAAACACAGAUUAAAUGACAUUAUAUGAUAUCAAUGAAUUGUUUUUGUUUUUUUGUUUUUUUAACAAAAGGACUUUCGUACGGAAGUUGCACUUUCUGAUUUUUGUUUUUUUGCUACCCUUUUUGUUUGUGGCACUUUUCAAAAUAUUUGUUUGAAAGAGGCCUCUAAGAUGUUCAUAAUAACUGCCCCAUUUCUGUUCUGUACCAUCUUUGAUCUAAUCUAAUUCAUCCGUAUCUCUGAGUGGCUGGCAAGUGUGUGUUUAUGUGUGAAUGUGGACAGGAUGUUUGAACAGGAUGUAAAGUGUCUUUACGACAUGUCAGUUUUGGACAUUUCAAAUGUAAAUCUGUUUGUUUCCAGUUUUGUUGUUGUUAAAAUAAAUCAUAAAAUAGC